AUGUCUUGGUCCAGCGCCGAGACACUCACCGCAACAACGACCCAUGAGGAGGAUGUCACGACGACCGAGGAGGAAACUAUGGAGACCACUGUUGUUGUUCCAACAACGGCACUCGCCACCACCAUCAUCGUCGCGUCCGCUUCCAAGGAAGAAGGUAUCGUUGACGCUGCUCCACCUUUAUCACGCGUAGAAUUGCCAGCCGCCCCCGACGUCAACCCGGCUAUGAAGGAGCUAGCCCUAGCUCCGAAACCAUCGCCUACAUCACCACCAGUCAUCACCGUCCCAACCGUACCAUCAAUCGUACCACCAUCGGAAGAGCAGCCGCCAGAGAUAGUUAGAAAGGAGGAACCGCUCCUUCUCCCACAUUCAACUUUGUUGUCCGUACUAUAA